CAUAAAUGCAAAAAUCUUAACUUAUUAGGGUAUUAAGUGAUUCUAAUAAAUCUCCAAAUCCUUUUUCUAUGUCGAGAUAAUUAAGUUAAGAAACACCAACUAAUUAAGGAAAUAAUUAGAGUUUGACUACAGACAGAGAAAUCGCACGUUUAACUAGAUUAGUUGGUUCAUUAAAAAAAGAAAAUGAAUCAUUGUUAAUAUAAAUUAAGUAAUUUGAAUAAAUGGAUUACAAAAAUAAAAUCUAAACUCUAGAAUAAAAAAAUAAAUAGUUAGAAUCAUAAAUUGAAACAUUUUAAAAAUUACCAUUUGAUUAGAUCUAAACUUUAAUAGAUGAUAAUGAAAGAUUAACUAAUAUUGUUGAAAAUCAAUCAAAUAAAAUUAAAUCACUUUUAACAUAAAUUGAUGAUUUAAAAGAUUCAUCUUUUUAGAAUGAAGGAAAGAAUGAAAUCAUUAUUUCUAUGAUUUAAGUAAGAUAUAAUUUAUUUAACUAUAGGAACUUUAAAAUUAAAAACUCUAUGUUUAAGAUGAAUUUCAGAGGUAUUAAAUUUUAAAUAAAGAGAAACAAACUCUUUAUUAAGAAUUAUAAAUGGCCAAACUAUAAAUUAAAGAACUUAAUCAAACUAUAGAAAAAAUAAAGAUGAUUAAUUUAGAGAGUAGUGAUCCUAGUGAUUUACUUCAUUAAGAUUAUCUUAAAAGUCAUGAAGCAGUAUUAGCUUUCUUUAAAAAUUAAUACUGA